AUGGCCUUGGGGAUAUAUGGUAUAGUGUUGUUUCCGAAUAUCGUGGAUUUCAUUGACAUGAGUGCCAUCCACAUAUUUAUCAUGAAAAAUCCAGUGCAUACAUUUCUGGGAGAUGUUUAUCAUUCUGUUCAUCACAAGAAUAGCCAAAGAAGGGGGUUAGUAAAGUGUUGUGCACCACUGUUGUAUCAAUGGUUCAGAUCACAUCUUCCCGAUCGUGGUGCUUUUGUUGAAACUAAGAGCACGUCAAGAUGGGAUGGUAGAAUCAUGGGACUUGUUGCCAAGGAUAAUGUUUGGUACAACAAAGGGCUAGACGAAGCAGAGAUUAUUUUUGGUUGCGGAAAGUUUGAUAAUGUGCCUCUGAUGGGCUUAAGGGGAGGAAUCAAUUAUAACCAUGUCUUAGCUAUGAGGACUUUUCGGUAUUCCUUCACUAGUCCUCCUGUUGAAAAGGAAAUUGUUGAUUCUCUAUUUUAUCAUUUGGUUACUAAUGCUGGUAAGAUGGAAGAAGUUGUGCAAGCUUGGAAGAACGUUCACCGGAAGGAUAAAACGCAUUUGGGUAAAAAAUAUUGUGCGACGUAUGUGGAUUAUGUUGUAUGGGUGAAAUUUGUGGCUAAGGCUCAAGGGAUGCCUUUCCCUCCUAAGGAUCCUUUAUAUCCCCCAUCUUCUGAGCAACCCACAACUGUUUCCAUGCCUUACUUUAAUCAUGUGGUGAACCAAAACAGAAACCUGACUACAAAGAUGGAAAUGGUGCUUAUCUACAUGAAUAUCGAUCGACAAGAGAAACUUGUGAUUUCCCAUCAGUUAAAGCAGAAAGAAAAAGAGCUCGAAAGAUUGUAUGGCAGAGGGAGUACCUCUCAAAAGAAAUCUCAAACUCUUGUUGAUUCUAAAGCUGUUGCAACUUAG